GGCCAGUCUACGAUAGAUCUGAUGUCAGUGACUUGUUAUUAUUUUUUUUUUACUUUAAUUUCUUAAAUAAUUUUUCACGAAAAUGGAGGCAUUGCGUCGUUGACUCUCGAAAGUUGUCUUCGUAACAGGCUGGAGCAGCCUCGCGAGAUGGAGAGCGGGGGCUCGGACACGAUGAAGGAUGACGAUGAGGUGCUGUGGGAGAACGUGGAGAGCAACCGUAACAUCCUCAGCCGCUACAUCAACCCCAACAAGCUGACCCCGUACCUGCGCCAGUGCAAGGUCAUCGACGAGCAGGACGAGGAUGAGGUGCUGCACUCGCACAUGCUGGUGUCCAAGGUCAACCGAGCAGGUCGACUGCUGGACAUCCUGCACACUAAAGGUCAGCGGGGUUAUGUGGUGUUUCUGGAGAGCCUGGAGUUUUAUUACCCUGAACUCUACAAACUCAUGACAGGGAAGGAACCUACGCGAAGGUUCUCCACUAUUGUUGUGGAGGAGGGCCAUGAGGGCCUGACUCAGUUCCUGAUGAAUGAGGUCAUCAAGCUGCAGCAGCAGGCCAAGGACAAGGACGUGCAACGCGUGGCCAUCAUGGGCAAAAACCGCACGCUUGAAGAUGAGCACAAGAAGCUUCGCCUGGCCAACCAAGAGCUGCUUACCUUCCAGGAGCGCUACAACAAGAUGAAGGAGGAGCGCAACAACUACAAUGAUGAGCUCAUCAAGGUGAAGGACGAGAACUACAACCUGGCCAUGCGGUAUGCCCAGCUGAGUGAGGAGAAGAACAUGGCCAUCAUGCGGAGUCGAGACCUGCAACUGGAGAUAGACCAGUUGAAGCACAAACUCAACAAGGUUGAGGAAGAGUGUAAAAUGGAGAGGAAGCAGUCACUGAAGCUGAAGAAUGACAUUGAAAACCGUCCCCGCAAAGAGCAGAUCUUUGAGCUGGAGCGGGAGAAUGAGGUGCUGAAGAUGAAAGUGCAGGAGCUCCAGUCCAUCAUACAGCCAGGAAAGCAGGUGCUGCCGGACUCUGAGAAGGCCAUCUUGGACAUCCUGGAGCACGACCGUCAAGAAGCUCUGGAGGACCGCCAGGAGCUUGUGAACAAACUGUACAACCUGCAUGAAGAAGUGCGGCAGGCUGAGGAGCUGAGGGACAAGUACCUGGAGGAAAAAGAAGAUUUGGAACUGAAGUGUUCCACGUUGGUGAAAGACUGUGAAAUGUACAAGAACCGCAUGAACACAAUCACAAUCCAGCUUGAGGAGGUGGAACGAGAGAGGGACCAGGCUUUCCGUGCCCGGGACGAGGCUCAGAACCAGUUCUCGCAAUGCUUGGUCGACAAGGACAAGUACCGCAAGCAGAUUCGCGAGCUUGAAGAACGGAGCGACGAGUUGCACAUCGAGAUUGUGCGAAAGGAGGCCAAGAUCGUCAACCUAGAGUCUAAACUGAGGCGCCUCUCCAAGGACAACGGGCUGGACCAGAGUUUGCCCCGUGACGUUCCAGCCACCAUCAUAUCCCAAACGUUCAUCCAGUCCGACCCUAAGCCAGACUGUCAGUUUGAGGACUCUGGCGAUGAGUCUCCCGAUGAUCACAAGUUCUUCCUCCCAGAACCUCGGCUUAAACGGAGGCCCAACCUCAAGGGAGUUGGGCUCUCAAGAGCGAAGUCUCCUGUCACUGCUCCUAAAACACUGGAUUUUCAAGGUGCACUAAACACAAAUGGAGACCUGUCGGAUGCACCCAGCACAGAUACAAACUCUGUAGCCACCAGCUCUACCAACACUCCUGUCACUCCAACUGGAACAGCAGAGAUACUCAAUAAGCAUCUCCUGCGGUUUCGCAAUGACAGUAUAAUAUCCACAGUCCCUGAGCCACCAGGAAAUGACUCCAUUGUCAGGAGGAACAAGGAAGGAGAGCAAGAUAUCCUACCCAGAAGCCUGUCUGACUUUGAUUGUGACAGUGGUGACAACAUGGAACUUUGUGAUGAAGAUGCUGACAGGUUCUCCCAUGGACCUCCGUCCAUUCACUCCUCCUCAUCCUCCCAUCAGUCAGAGGGCUUGGAGCUGGACCUGGAACAAGUCAACAACAUCUUCCGAAAGUUCUCCUUGGAAAGACCCUUCCGGCCCUCUCUCACCUCCUUCACUCGAGUCAGCAGCACCCUCCGUCCCGUGCAGGACCUGUCCCUCCCUGGGGACUCCUUCCUGUCUGAAGUUACGCUGGUGGGAGGAAAUGCCAGCGGCAUCUUCAUUUCCUCCGUCCAGCCAGGAUCCAAUGCCGAGAGGGUCGGUCUGCGAGAGGGACACCACCUCCUACUGCUGGAGGGCUGUGUUCAUGGAGAAAAUCAGAGUGUCCCUCUCGAUACCUGCACUAAAGAGGAGGCCCACUGGACCCUGCAGAGGUGCAGUGGAAUGAUCAAGCUGCAUUUCAGAGCCAACUUCGAUGGUUACAGGAAGCUUCAGAGGGAGAUAGAGGAGGGCACGCUGGUGUCCGGGGAUUCCUUCUACGUCCGCCUCAACCUGAGCCUGUCGGGCCAGUGGGACAGCUGCUCCAUGUGCGCGCGCUGCGACGACAUCGUCCACGUGCUGGACACCAUGCACCAGGAGAAGAACGAGUGGCUGUGCGCGCGGGUCGACACCUUCACCGACAAGGACCUGGAGAAGGGCUCCAUCCCCAGCUACUCCAGGGCCCAGCAGCUCCUCCUUGUGAAGAUUCAGAGGCUGGUGUGCAGAGGGAGCCGGGACGAGACGGACAGCCUGCGUGGGCUCAGGAAUAUGUUACAGCCGGAGGAAUCCCCGCCUCCUCCUGAUCCCAAGUCCAGCCCUCGACUGUCCCGCGCAAGCUUCUUCAUUGGUCAGAUCUUACAGUUUGUCAGCAGGACCGAGAACAAGUAUAAGAGGAUGAACAGCAACGAGAAGGUCCGGGUCGUGAGCGGAGGAAGCUCCACACUUCCCAGGCCCGGGUUCGACAGCAUGAAGCAAGAAUACUCGGACACAGAGAGUGAUCUGAGCAAGAGCUUAAACCUGAUCCCCUAUUCCCCGGUGACCCCUUACCGCUCUCAGCGUAAGAGGCCAGUCCUCUUUGCCCCCAACAUUCUGGCCAAAACCAUUGUGCAGAAGUUCCUCAAUUUAGGAGGAGCUAUGGAGUUCAACAUAUGCAAGCCAGACAUUUUGUCAAAAGAAGAGUUUCUGUUCAAACAGAAGAUAGAGCCCAUUAUUUAUUCCAAAGAGAAGCAUGCCAGUACCUAUGAGUGCAUCACUCCUGAAAAUAUUGAAGCUGUUGCUGCCAAGAAUAAACACUGCCUGCUGGAAGCUGGCCUCAGCUGCACCAAAGACUUACUCAGAAGAGAAAUCUAUCCCAUCAUCAUCUUCAUCAAAGUCUGUGAGAAAAACAUUAGGAGAUUAAGGAGGCUGCCAUUGAAGGUGGACUCAGAAGAAGAGUUCCUGAAGACAUGCCGUAUGAAGGAGAAGGAGCUGGAGGCUCUUCCUUGCCUCUAUGCCUCUGUGGAGCCGGAUUCUUGGAGCGGGGUGGAGGACCUACUCAAAGUCAUCAAGGACAAAAUCUUCGAGGAGCAGAGGAAGACUGUCUGGGUAGAACAGGACCUCCUUUAGGAAAUGUCGCCAUUGUUGCCACAGUGGCGUCUUACUGGUAGACCGGAAUUGUCAGAUAUGACAGUUCAAUGGAACCCAAUGUGUCACUCUGUCCAGCUUUGUUGGAAUCCUUAAUGGAGUACGAGUGAACAGGAAAAUGACACGAGCAGGCUGUUCCAUAAGGUAUGUGCAGCCAGUGAAUGCUAUGGAGAACUUCUUGGGCCAGGGAGCAGAAUAGUAUUGAACGCAGAGAGAUGGGUUCUCAGAUAAAUAAUGGAGAAGUUAAGGAACAGUGUGGAAUAUUACAGUACAGGUGUGGUAUAUAUCCAGGGUGCCUUUUCUCUGCAGCCAUUCCAGUAAAAUAUAAAUAUACCUACUCCAUCUAUAAAGGAAAAUAAGACACCGGCCUUUGCUCUUGAUGUGAUAUAUCUGUGUGGACUAGCAAUGAAGGUACUGCUGCUGCUGUCUUCAGAAAAAAAUGGUUGAAGGACAUAUUCAAAAAAUGUAUUGUGCAAACCGAAGUAUCGCCUAAUUUGGAGAUAAAAAGAAUGAAUUCUGAAGCUUCACCAGUAUUUAAUGAAAAUUAGACUAUGCAGUCAAAAUAUGACAUUUCACUCUGUAGGUAAACACAGCCCGAGGCACCCAUUAAUUACUAAGAUUAUUUUCGCAUUUAUGUCAUCUCACUGCAUAAUUACAGUUUGUUCAUCAUACAGUAUUUAUUUACUGCUAUUUAUUUAUCUGUUCUGCCAAAAGCAGUCUGAAGCACACAUUAUGGCAGCAGAUAUUUUUUUCUUCACCCACGCCACCCAACGUAUAAUAAACUUUUGUAACUGAGAAAUGGAAACAGUGAUUUGCAACAGUUUUUCAAGUACACUUUUCAGAUUAAUUUAAUAAUACUUAUGUGCAUGGCUCCAAAUGUAAUG